CCCAACUUGUGUUUGUUAUGACACCUAUUUUGUAACACGUUUAGACCACUGAUCUAGCAUUGGGUUAGACAGACUGUGGGAUAUUUGUUUGUUCACAUUGCCCUGGAAAACCACGGGACUUACUUGGCCAGAGUCACUGCAGAAUAUACGUUAAUAUUCAGCUCCAUAAAUGUUUCCAGCCUGUAGACAUUCACUCCAAGCACGGAGGUGUAUACGUACACUAAAGGCAUUUCACACGGAACAUGUUGCCCCUCAGGUGUUCUUCACACGGUGUUGCUCUUCUGUCUCUGUGCCACGAAUUACCACUCAUUACACGGUGUACCCCAGAGAUAAGGAUCCAAGAUGGGAAGGUGUGGAAAUGGAACGCUUUGCUGAUGAGGCAGAUGUUGUCAUUGUGGGCGGCGGCCCAGCAGGCCUAUCAGCAGCCAUCCGGCUGAAGCAGCUGGCCAACCAGCAUGAGAAGGAGCUGCGCGUUUGUGUGGUGGAGAAAGCAUCUCAGAUUGGAGCUCACACGUUGUCAGGAGCCUGUCUAGAGCUCACUGCACUUAAUGAGCUCAUUCCAGACUGGAAAGAGAGAGGGGCACCUUUGAACACUCCAGUUACAGAGGACAAGUUCUCCAUUUUGACCGAAAAAUACAGCAUUCCUGUUCCAAUAUUACCAGGUCUCCCGAUGAAUAAUCAUGGGAACUACUUGGUGCGUCUGGGACAUUUUGUUCGCUGGCUGGGGGAGCAGGCAGAGGAGCUGGGAGUGGAGCUGUAUCCUGGUUACGCGGCAGCUGAGGUGCUGUUUCACAAGGAUGGAAGUGUGAAAGGAAUUGCAACCAAUGAUGUGGGCAUUGGCAAAGAUGGCUCUCCAAAGGAUGUGUUUGAGAGAGGCAUGGAGCUCCACGCUAAGGUCACUAUGUUUGGUGAAGGCUGCCAUGGACACCUGGCCAAGCAACUUUACAAGCAGUUCAACCUCAGGGAGAACUGUGAGCCACAGACCUAUGCUAUCGGCCUCAAAGAGGUUUGGGUUAUUGAUGAGAAGAAGUGGCGUCCAGGACGGACCGAGCACUCAGUUGGCUGGCCGCUCAACAGAAACACAUACGGCGGCUCCUUCCUGUACCACCUCAACGAGGGAGAGCCACUGGUUGCCCUUGGCUUUGUUGUGGGUUUGGACUACACUAAUCCUUAUCUGAACCCUUUCAAAGAAUUCCAACGUUGGAAACAUCACCACUCUGUAAAGUGUACCCUGGAAGGCGGCAACAGAAUAGCAUAUGGAGCCAGAGCCCUCAAUGAAGGAGGUUUUCAGGCAUUUCCUAAACUUACAUUCCCAGGCGGCAUGCUGAUAGGCUGCAGUCCAGGCUUCAUGAACGUGCCAAAGAUCAAAGGCACGCACACGGCCAUGAAGAGUGGCAUGUUGGCGGCUGAGGUUGCCUUCAGCAAAAUCUUCGACGAGAAUCUGCAGUCUGAAACAGCAGGUCUCUAUAUUCCUGAAUACGAGGACAAUUUGAAAAAGUCCUGGAUAUGGAAGGAGUUGUAUGCUGUAAGGAACAUCAGACCGUCGUUCCAUAACUACUUUGGCCUUUACGGAGGGAUGGUGUACACUGGAAUCUUCUACUGGAUUUUCAGAGGAAAAGAACCAUGGACUCUGAAGCAUAAUGGUCUGGAUGCUGCUCGGCUCAAGCCGGCAAAUGAGUGUGCACCCAUCGACUAUCCAAAGCCUGAUGGGAAGAUCAGCUUUGAUCUUUUAUCAUCUGUCGCUUUGAGCGGGACCAAUCAUGAGCACGACCAGCCAGCCCAUCUAACGCUGAAAGAUGAUGGUGUUCCUGUGGCACAAAACCUUGCAAUUUAUGACGGCCCUGAGCAGAGGUUCUGUCCUGCUGGUGUGUAUGAGUAUGUUCCUGUAGAGAUGGGCAAUGGCAUGAGAUUACAGAUCAAUGCACAAAACUGCGUCCACUGCAAGACUUGCGAUAUCAAAGACCCCAGCCAGAACAUCAACUGGGUUGUGCCUGAGGGCAGUGGGGGACCAGCCUACAAUGGCAUGUGAUUUCAGUAUUAAAUAUUGUUGUUUUUUUUUUAAUCAUUAUUACUAUUGGGACAUAUCACAGGUUUCAAAAUCAAAUGCCUCUGGGCCUUUACAAAACUUCAGGACUAUUAUGAAACAUUUAAAGACUUGAGUUCUUCCGCUGUGCCUCAGGAACGAAACCGAAUGUCUUCAUAUCCUCACUGAUAUGAGCACUCACUGUAAUUACAUGAAGAUGCUUCGAAUCUAUCAAGUUUUAUCAAAUUUUACCAUUUGAAAGAUUUUUAUCUAUAAUGUCUUAAUAAAGGUAGCAUGUUGGAUUCACAACCACAUUUUGUGCCCAAAAUAUGUGGUUUAUGCAGGAACUGUAAACUAACAGUUUACAGUUUUGUAUAUAUUGUCAAUGUUGGUAACUGGUAGAAAUAAAUAAAUUGUUUCAA